UCUACUUUGCAUUUAUGCCCCCUUCAAAUUCAUUUUCAUUCUCCUUCUUUCCCUUAUUUGUUAGACACACAUGCCUUGUUCAAUGCAACACAAAUAUCAUUCAAAGGGCAAAGAAAAAUAAGUCUAAUCUCCCCAAUCAUAUAUUAGUUGCAUUGGGUGAAGAGGACCAAAGAGAGUCAUGGCUAGGGCAAUAAAAAAGUGCAUGAUGCUGUGUUGUACAAGCAAGAUUGCCACGCAGAAAGAAGAUAUGGCUGCAGAAUCAUACGAGGAAACCAUCGCAACGCUUACCAGGCUUCUCCAAGAGAAAGCUGAACUCGGUGGCGUCGCCGCCGCAAAGAUUAAGGAACUGACGGCGGAGUUAGAAGCUGCCGGUUCGAAACCGUUUAACCCGGACGAGAGGAUCCGAUCCGGAUUCAUACAUUUCAAAACGGAGAAAUUCGAGAAAAAUCCUGAUCUGUACGGUGAACUAGCCAAAGGCCAGAGCCCAAAGUUUAUGGUAUUUGCUUGCUCAGAUUCGAGAGUUUGCCCUUCCCACAUUCUGGAUUUCCAACCAGGGGAAGCCUUUGUGGUCCGAAACAUCGCCAACAUGGUUCCACCCUACGACAAGACCAAGUAUUCGGGAGCAGGGGCGGCCAUUGAAUAUGCGGUUUUGCAUUUAAAGGUGGAGAAUAUUGUAGUUAUUGGACACAGCUGCUGUGGAGGUAUAAAGGGGCUCAUGUCUAUCCCAGAUGAUGGGACCACUGCAAGUGAUUUCAUUGAACAAUGGGUCCAAAUAUGUAAUCCAGCAAGGUCCAAGGUUAAAGCAGAAACAAGCAGCUUAAGCUUCUCAGAGCAGUGUACAAACUGUGAGAAGGAAGCUGUGAAUGUAUCACUUGGGAACUUAUUGACUUAUCCAUUUGUGAGAGAUGCGGUUGUGAACAAAACACUUGCAUUGAAAGGAGCACAUUACAAUUUUGUUAAUGGAACUUUUGAGCUGUGGGAUUUGAACUUCAACCUUUUGCCCUCUGUAUCCAUUUAAGAUCUCUCUACAACACUAAAGUAAAUUUGCAGUGCAUAUUAUGAAUAUUAGUCCUCCUUUUGGCAGAGUAUUUUGUCAGUUGUAAUUGGUAAUUAACAACUCAGAAAGUUGCAAACAUUCAGCAGAAAUAAUUGUCUGUGAACAAGCAGCAAUAACUCAAUCAUUUUUGUUUUCUAUCAUUGUCUUUUCUGUUUAUGUAUAGUACUUUUUUUAUA